UCUUUUCUUUUUGUUUCCUUCUCAACAAGCAGCUCACAGGUCGACUGCUGUUUUUCUUUUUGUUUUGCCUUCUCUUCUCCUCUUUGGUGUAGGAACUUGAUUUAUCACUCUUCAGACAGGCCAAAAGCAGAGAAACCGUCCAAAAUGGCGUUGCCGAAGAGAAUCAUCAAGGAAACUGAGCGCCUGAUGGCGGAGCCGGUUCCCGGCAUCAACGCUGUCCCGCAUGAAGACAACUUGCGCUACUUCGAUGUCUCGAUCCACGGACCUGCACAGUCGCCGUACGAAGGUGGCAUCUUCCGUCUCGAACUGUUUUUGCCCGAGGACUACCCCAUGACUCCCCCGAAGAUCCGCUUCUUGACGAAGAUCUACCACCCCAACAUCGACCGGCUGGGACGGAUCUGCUUGGACGUGCUCAAGAACAACUGGUCCCCCGCUUUACAAAUCCGCACGAUCCUACUCUCAAUCCAGGCCUUGCUGGGUGCCCCGAACCCCGACGACCCGCUCGCCAACGACGUCGCCCAACGCUGGAAGGAGGAUGAGCCGGCUGCCAUACAGACCGCGAAAGAGUGGACUAGAACCCACGCCAUGACUUAGAUGUAUGCCGUUCAACUCUUGGGGACGGGGGAGAAGAGAGAAAGAAAAGAAGCUUCGGUGGUAGCCUCUUCCCCAGGUUGCCUGCCAUUGACACGAACCCGGUAGGCACAACAAAACGUCUGUGACGUGACCCAUGAGACCUCAAAGAAGAAACAACAGAGAAGAAAAGUGCCUCUCGUUCUUUUUUCCUUAAGAUCCCCUCCAGUAUUCUUCCCGCGUCAGUCUUUACAGCUACUUCACUUGCGGCUCUGCAGGGAGAGAGGGACAAGCCGGCAUUGCACUUGAGGGAUGACAGCUCUGCACCUUUGGAUUCUACAUUCAUUCACUCGUGUAGAUGGCAGCAAAGGCUGUUCCUCAUAUCUGGGAAAUCUUGGUGCUGGUCCUGUGGUUUUCUCUUUUUUUUGUUGCUCUCUUCGAGAAUGUAGUUAGUUCCGCUUAGCCAUAGUCGCCCUGGUGGGGCGCUUGCGCAUGGAUAGAUAGCAAUGUACAUAUGAUCUCC